CUCCGCUUCCACCACUUCCGCCCUCGAGACCAUUUCUCACCCUGGGUUGGUAGAAUCGGACCGGCGCAUGCGCAAUGAGAGAAUUUCGGUCAAAAUCGCCUUCAAAAUUGCUUACAAGACAAACUCUAAGAAUGAGGUCUAAGAGUCGUAGUGACUGGUGCCGCAAAAACGCAAUUUUGAGGCCGCAUUCGAUUGUGACGCAGUUGAAAUUGCCUUCUCCUUAUGGCCCCCCUUUCUCGUUUCCGUCUUGACGCAGAUGCGCGGCCGUCUUCCGCACUGCGGGCGCGUCCUUGGCCCUACCCCCAGUCAGUUUCCAGGUGCAUGCGCAGUCGCCUUUCUAGCCUCUCCUGCUUUGGGCGUACGUCAAGAUGGCUGCCUCCAUAUUGAACGUGUUGCUGAGGCGCCUUCCUGGCGUUUCGCCCUUCAGAGGUGCCUACGGAGUUCAGGUUCUCCUCCAGACUCUUUGCACCAAAGCUCCCCCUGAGGAUGAUUCUUUGCCCCAGGUUCCCAUUUCCCCUUAUAAGGAUGAACCCUGGAAAUAUCUGGACUCAGAAGAAUACCAGAACCGCUAUGGUUCUCGCCCUGUCUGGGCUGACUACCGUCGCAACCAUAAAGGUGGAAUACCCCCACAGCGGACUCGAAAGAUGUGUAUUCGGGGAAAUAAAGUUGCUGGGAAUCCCUGCCCCAUCUGCCGGGAUCAGAAGUUGCACGUCGACUUUAGGAACGUGAAGCUCUUGGAGCAGUUUGUCUGCGCCCACACGGGUAUCAUCUUCCAUGCCCCAUACACAGGGGUCUGUAUGAAGCAACACAAGAAGUUGACCCAGGCCAUCCAGAAAGCCAGGGAUCAUGGUCUUCUCAGGUACCACAUUCCCCAGGUUGAACCCCGGGACCUUGACUUCAGUACCACUCAUGGAGCUGUGAGUGCUACUCCGCCAGCCCCCACUCUGGUUUCAGGUGACCCCUGGUACCCAUGGUACAGCUGGAAACAGCCACCAGAGAGAGAGCUGUCCCGCCUUCGCCGGCUCUAUCAGGGCCAUCUUCGGGAAGAAAGUGGCCCUCCACCCGAGUUAAUGCCCGAGGUGCCCCUUACAGCCCCAGCCGAAGCCUCCUCCACUGAGCCUGGGGCCCCGCAAAGUGCUCUGUAGGAGCUGGAGACCGGGGAGGGAGACAGGGUGUCCCUUACACAAUAUUUCAUCCUGAGGAGCUGUGUCUAUUUUGUGGCAGUGGCAGGCCCAGGGCCAAAGAAAGGAAGCGGCUUUUGGUGAAAGGGAUAAAUACGUCUGAGGCUGGGGGAGGGCACUGCAGAUGUGUAUGAGAAAACCCAGCCUUUACAUAUUGUAAAUAGAUGUGCUAAGCAUUCUGUUACUGUUUCAAACCUGUGCCAACUGGGCUUUUACAAAAUAAAGCUGUAUCCUGUCUCUGG